CACACACACACACACACACACACACACAGAAACUCUCUCGUGCGCAGAGCAGACGCAGACUCUUCUCUAACACCUGUUUUAUAUAUAUAUAUAUGUUUAUAUAGAGAGAGAAAAGUCUAUUUUAAGGGCAUAUUCUUUUACUUUUUACCCGCUUUUGAAGCUUUAACGUGUUUGUGGCAGCAGUAGAAAGAUGACGUUGGAAGUUGACGCAGAGGGAAAUUAACCUUAUCGUGUGUGUGUGAGCCGACUGACGUUAAAAGGUGAGGACGAGAGAGGCGUUAAGGUUAAUAAACAAUGAGCAGGACUCCUCUUCCACCCGGCAUGGAUCAGCACUCGUCAAAGGAGAUUAUGCUACGGUUUAAGAUUCCUUAUCAGCGAUCUUUGGGACCUUAAUGGAUCAAUGCGACCCCAGAAGGAACGUGUGUCACCGUCUUCAUCAUAUUAAUCUAUUUUGUAUGAUAUCUUUUUAGCUGUAGGAGAGUAUUUGAAGCAGAGGAGCUGGACUCUCACUGGGAUAGUCUCAAAUUUGAUUUAUUUAUUUAAUCUGACACACAGACAUAGGUGGAACGUUCUCCUGCUGCACAGACACAAACAACACCUGCCGACAAGGACAAGAUAAAGAAGGUAACACCAUCCUAGUGUACUUAUCAUGUAGACAAGCAGACGGAGAGACGGACAGCCAGAAAACACGAAGUGACAAGUCGAUAGACGGUGGGAUCCCUCACACUCGCACAGGUCACAAUGCCAGACGAGUCACAAGGUUUUCAGGAAAAGGGGAGGCCUGGAGAAGAAGAAUCGCAGGUGUCUUUGGUGCCAGACAUUAUGGCCGUCUCCGGUGAUGGGAAGGGCAAAAACACUGGAGGCAACAUCCUGGAGCUUGACGACUUCAGUCGAACAACAGAUGGCGUAAAACAAUCUGCGCAGAGCAGUGACGGUGACAUUUUGCAUUCAGGAGACUAUAAACCCCAAGUUUCUGUGGAGGUGGGUGUCGCGAAAACAGCGAAGGCCCCUGAACCUCUCAAGGCCAAUUCUUUGUUGAAGGGGACAGGCGUGACUCUGCAGGCUACGGAUCACGACGCCCCGGUGAACUCAUCCUCUGAUAGGCCGCAAACUGACAGCAACGGGACUUCACCACAAGCAAACGGAUGCAGCGACUCCGACUACAGCAGCACAAAAUCCAGCCCCGGCUACGCUAACACCACUUUCAGCACUGACCUCGGCGAUGAAGAGUUACCUGAGCUCGAUAGAAGCUCCUUUGAAAAGACGAACACUAUCUCCCCUGUCAAUUUAUCUGAACCCAAUUUAGACGCUUCUGACAAAAACACCAAAAGUAGUUCAGACAAUGACAGAGACAAUUUUGAAACGGCAGAAACUUCAGUCAAAAUCUACCAAACGAGGGACAGCAUUGACAUGAGGUGGGACGAGGAGGACAGAGACGAGGACAGGCGAAGCACCCAGUCCAGGCGGACUGUGAAAGAGGGGAUGUGUUGCUGCUAUCAGGCGUUCCACAGGGCUUUUCUGCAGUGCGUGGAGGAGACGCCGGCCAUGUUGUCUGGACUGGUGCUGUCUUUGGCUUUCUGCGUGGUCAUCAUUGUCCUCAUUCCCACCACCAGAGAGAACAUCAUUGACCACGUAGGCGCUCUGUCAGUGGUGUGUGUGGUUCUCUGUCUGAGCGCCGUCCUGCUCGUCUGCCUGCCCUGGCUGGCCACGGUGAGGCGCUGUGGAGGAGCCCUGGCCCUCUUCGUCUGGGGGACGCUCUACAUCACUGCCAUAGUCUUCAUCUUCACCGAAAAACAUAUCAAUACGUGGGAACAGGUAGCGUUUUUCCUCUUCCUCUCUCUGAGUGUGUACACAGUGCUGCCGCUCUCUAUGGCCUGGGCCCUUAUGGUUGGGAUAGGGACCAGCGUAUCGCACAUCGUCAUCAUCAGUGUCUACGUCCCUGUCACAAGCCCAGAGACACCAGACCUGGCAGUGCAGCUGGUGGCGAACGCGCUGCUGUUUGUGUGCGUGAACUGCAUCGGGAUUUUCCAUUUGUGGAUGACCGAGCGCGAUCUCAGGAUCUCCAAUCAGAAGAGAGAACAGUUCAGUAAAAUACGUUCCCAGAAGGAAAUAAGGAAGUAUCAGCAGGAGCAGCUCCUCCUGUCGGUGUUGCCUCGGUACAUCGCCGUGGAGCUGAAGUCGGAGGUGAUAAAGAGGCUCUCCAAGCCCAUGAGCGAUAAGGAGAAUGAAUCCAACUUCAACAACUUUCACAGCCUCUAUAUACGGCAGCACAAAGACGUCAGCAUCCUGUAUGCAGACAUCGUGGGCUUCACAAAGCUGGCGAGUACCUGCUCACCAGAAGAGCUGGUCGCUGUGCUCAACAAGCUCUUUGGCAGAUUCGACGACAUCGCCAAGAAAAACGGGUGCCUUCGCAUUAAGAUCUUGGGUGACUGCUACUAUUGUGUAUCUGGUCUCCCUGACCCCAUUCCCACCCACGCCAGGAACUGUGUUCAGAUGGGACUGGACAUGUGUACUGCCAUCAGUAAACUGCGUGAGGCGACGGGGGUUGAGAUCAGCAUGCGGGUGGGCGUUCACACCGGCAACGUGCUCUGUGGCGUCAUCGGCUUGCAGAAAUGGCAGUACGACGUGUGGUCACAUGACGUCACGUUAGCCAACCACAUGGAGUCCGGAGGACUUCCUGGGCGAGUCCACAUCACAGAGGAGACACUGCAGCACUUGAAUGGAGCGUAUCAAGUGGAGGAGGGGAAUGGGGGGACUCGGGAUCCUCUUCUUACGGGAAGAAAAACCUACCUGGUGAUUGACCCACACAAACCGAACAGCAUUUCAAGGAGACCUAAAGUGGCAAACAGUCUUGCGACAGGAGAGAACAGACAGCGUGCGUCGGUCCGGAUGUCUCAGUACCUGCAGUCCUGGCGGACAAUCCACCCCUUCGCAGACCUAAGCAAUCCUGACGCCAAGCCCUCCAAGAAGAAAAUCAUCCCCACCAACGCGGUCAUGAACCAAUCGCAGCUGACUGCGGAAGGACCACCUUACCAGAGCUAUUUGGUUGUGGAUAAUCGUGUUAGGGGAUCACUGGACACGAUAGAGACUGCAGGGAGAAGAUUAAAGAAGCUCAACUGUUUGACUCUGCUGUUCAACGACCUGAGCCUGGAGAGACAGUUCCGUCUCUCAGAAGUUAAGGGUUUACACCAUUCAAUGAGCUGCAUAUCUUUGAUCUUCGUUACUCUGUUCGCCGUCCAGAUGCUUGUCUCUCCAAAUAACUUUGAGAUGGCCGUGUCGUACGGUGCGACCUUCCCUGUGCUGGUGCUGCUGCUGUCCAUCGCUUUCACUGGAUACUUGGAGAAGUGGCGUUCCAAGAUGCCGUUGAGCGUCCAGUGGAUAUCAGGGCUGUCCCGUGGUGUCUCCACCAGGGCGGCGCUGCGACUCUUUGUGGUCACUCUCUGUGUGCUCAUCACACUGCUUAUGGCCAUCCUCAACUUUGUCUUCCUCCCAGGAAACAACUGCACAUCAAUUACUAACAGGACAGAGAUGGAGGGUCUCAGACUCUACAAUGGGCCUUACUACCUGUACUGUUGCCUGCUGGCCAUGCUGGGAGUGAUCGUGUUUGUCAGGACGUGUUUGUCAGUAAAGACGCUGCUGCUCACCCUCGCUGUGGUGGUUUACCUGGCCCUCUUCCUCCAUGUUUACGCCCCGAGGUCCCACUGCCUCGUCGUCCUGAUUUACAACAGUACCAAUCCGGGAGUGCUGAAGGACCCUCAGAUCAUGUCCGGGGUUUGGCUCGUCAUCUUUUACAUUGUGUGCCUCAUUCUGGCCAGACAGGACGAGCUGGGUUGCCGCGUAGACUUCCUGUUGGAGAGCUGUUUCAAGACGGAGAGAGAAGAGAUGGAGACCAUGGAGAACGUCAACAAGCUCCUCCUUGAGAACGUGCUGCCGCUCCACGUCGCCUCGUUCUUCAUGGGCAAAAGUAUUCGCAACCAGGACCUGUACAGUCAGUCAUACGACUGCGUGUGCGUGAUGUUCGCCUCCGUGCCACAGUUCAAAGAGUUUUACAGCGAGAGCAGCGCCAACAGGGACGGGCUGGAGUGUCUGCGCUUCCUCAACGAGAUCAUAUCAGACUUUGAUGAGCUUCUCUCUAAGCCCAAAUUCUCUUCAGUGGAGAAGAUUAAGACCAUCGGCAGUACGUACAUGGCUGCCGCGGGGCUGACGCAGUCACCUCUAGGGGACGAGAGAAAGAAGGUUGAGGUAUCCUACAGUCACGUGCGCUCCAUGCUGGAGUUCGCCAUCGCUCUGAUGGGCAAACUGGAGCUCAUCAACACACACUCCUUUAACACCUUCAAACUCAGGAUUGGAAUAAACCACGGUCCAGUGAUCGCCGGAGUGAUUGGAGCUCAUAAACCGCAGUAUGAUAUCUGGGGGAACUCUGUGAACGUGGCCAGCAGGAUGGAUAGCACAGGAGUGUUGGACAAGAUACAGGUGACGGAGGAGACAGCCCAGAUGGUCGAGAGCGUGGGAUACGGCGUCACUCUAAGAGGAGUAGUCAACGUCAAGGGCAAAGGGGAACUCACCACCUACUUUGUGAACACAGACCAGUCGUCUCCUCCGUUCUGACCCUUCCCUCCCGCAGUCAAAAUCUUGAUCAGACUUAUCACCCAGACCUGGAUUCAAACUGAGAACGCUUGUGUGUUUUAGUGCGAUACCAGAUAGGGUCUGGACUGGUGCACUAAACUGAGCUUGCCCUCACAGAGGUGAACACAACCAGUGGCAAAGACUUGAAGAUACUACUGUAUGUUUACCCAGGCCUGUAAUUACCAUGAGCAUCUGCACUGACUUAAUGCUGAAACAGACCUGUUAAUCACUUACAUCUACAGUGGAGCUGCCUUUGUCAAUCGGAUGAGACACUAAAUAAAAUCCUGAUCGGUUAAAUGAAGACUACAACUGAGAGCACAGAGCUACUUGUGGACUCUUUAAUGGCGAACCAUGUUGCUUACUGUACUGUAUCUCUUUAUCAUGUGAAACUGCAUGUGAAGUCCCCAUCACACACUUGUCACUGUAUUAUUCUGAAAACUGGAUUUUUCUUUUUUGGUACUCUUAACAAGGCUGAAUGUACGAUUAAUUUAUUGGAGGGGUAUCCAUCUUAGAUUUACCAAAGAUUGUUGGUUUUUAUGAAGGAUUUUGUAGAAGCAGUAUGUCUGAAAUAAGCAAAAUAACAUUUUUUUUGCAGGUUAUUUACACUUUUUCACUUCAUUGUGGUUUACAAAAUAGCAUUUACAUUUUGUUUUCAGAUAUAAAUGUCAUGUUUUGUGUCAAGAGUAUUUUGGUACAGAACAUUUUGUGUCUUUAAAUGUAUGAAAACCGGGGGGGCAUACAAUUUGUGUACUUGAAAGUUGGUCUUUUCCAAGAGUUCCCAACAUCCAAGGGGGCGACUAGAUACAUCUGAGUUGUCAUGAGAUGAUUCACUCCAUAGGAAUGCACAAUCUGUGCUUUUUAUUGUGAAAUCCUGGAUAGUUUUACUUGCUAAACCCCUUCAACGUGUAAGAAUAGACCAGAAAAAGGUAAGAAAACCACUAGUUAAUGUUGCUCUCUGCUGGAGAUGGAGAGAUUUACUGCAACCCACGCUGAUUUAAAUGAUGGUUUCUCUAUUCACUACUACCCAAAACUGACCCUUGAGGCUGUAACACAUCUGCACGCAGGCAUAACGAUGUGUUCACAUGCAAUGGAAAGUCAGAAAAAAAUGCACAUUUUAACAUUGCACUUUCUAAUAUGUUUUAUUUUUUAUUUUUUUAAAAGGGAGCUCUGCAUUACUUCAUGCAUUAUUCUCCUUUUCUUUGAAGUUUAUAUUUCUGUGAGGGAUGAUGUGAAAGUGUGAAUGGAAAAAAAAAAAAAAAGUAUGUUGGGAAAUAUUUUUCUAUUCUAUUUAUAAACUAAUAAAUAAUAAUAAUAAUACA